UUAUCUCGUUCGCGCGUCUCGCGAGCAUUAGGUGACUGGCUGAGGCGGCGCCAGUUAGCCGGGCACGGGGCUGCUGUAAGACCGAGUUUGCGGCGGAAGCAGAGACCAUGUUCCGAGCGGCGGCUCCGGGGCAGCUCUGGCGGGCGGCCUCAUUGCUACGAUUUCAGAGUACCCUGGUAAUAGCUGAGCAUGCAAAUGAUUCCCUAGCACCCAUUACUUUAAAUACCAUUACUGCAGCCACACGCCUUGGAGGUGAAGUGUCCUGCUUAGUAGCUGGAACCAAAUGUGACAAGGUGGCACAAGAUCUCUGUAAAGUAGCAGGCAUAGCAAAAGUUCUGGUGGCUCAGCAUGAUGUGUACAGAGGCCUACUUCCAGAGGAACUGACACCAUUGAUUUUGGCAACUCAGAAGCAGUUCAAUUACACACACAUCUGUGCUGGAGCAUCUGCCUUUGGAAAGAACCUUUUGCCCAGAGUAGCAGCCAAACUUGAGGUUGCCCCGAUUUCUGACAUCAUUGCAAUCAAGUCACCUGAUACAUUUGUGAGAACUAUUUAUGCAGGAAAUGCUCUAUGUACAGUGAAGUGUGAUGAGAAAGUGAAAGUGUUUUCUGUCCGUGGAACAUCCUUUGAAGCUGCAGCAACAAGUGGCGGUAGUGCCAAUUCAGAAAAGGCAUCAAGUACUUCACCAGUGGAAAUAUCAGAGUGGCUUGACCAGAAAUUAACAAAAAGUGAUCGACCGGAGCUAACAGGUGCCAAAGUGGUGGUAUCUGGUGGUCGAGGCUUGAAGAGUGGAGAGAACUUUAACUUGUUAUAUGACUUGGCAGAUCAACUACAUGCUGCAGUUGGUGCUUCCCGUGCUGCUGUUGAUGCUGGCUUUGUUCCCAAUGACAUGCAAGUUGGACAGACAGGAAAAAUAGUAGCACCAGAACUUUAUAUUGCUGUUGGAAUAUCUGGAGCCAUCCAACAUUUAGCUGGGAUGAAAGACAGCAAGACGGAGUCUCACUCUGUCACCCACGCUAACGUACGGUGCACAAUCUUGGCUCACUGCAACCUCCACCUCCCAGAUUUGAGCGAUUCUCCUGUCUCAGCCUCCCGAACAGCUGGGAGUACAGGCGCGCACCACCACACUUGGCUAAUUUUUGUGUGUUUAGUAGAGAUGGGGUUUCACCAUAUUGGCCAGGCUGGUCUCGAACUCCUGACCUCAAGUGAUCCGCCUGCUUCGGCCUCUCAAAGUGCUGGGAUUACAGGCAUAAGCUUUUAUCUUUUAUUUGUAGAGAUGGGGUCUCCCUGUGUUGCGCAGGCUGGUCUUGAACUCCUGGGCUCAAGUGAUCCUCCCACCUCCACCUCCCAAAGUGCUGGGAUUAUAGGUAUGCGUUACCAUGCCUGGCCUGCAUUUAAGAAUAUUUUUAUAGCAAAUAAGAGAAAUGUUUGACAGCUUUUAUAAGAG